GCUGUUGAUUCGCUGCCCUCCGAAUAAACUUUUCGGCAACCCCAUUCACCUCUCUUCGCUCUCUUUCCGACCCUAUGCCCACGAUGAAGGAAGAAGAUCCUGGAGUUACAACGCCUACUUUAGCCGCAGAAGAAGCAACGACAGCUCCAAAACGCAAACGUGGGAGACGAUCCAACAAUAUCCAGGAAUCUGAUGCGACACAAACGCAUAGUUCUCGUCCGAGGCGAAAAAAAUCGGUUGUCUUGAAUACAACGGAUGAAGAAGUUGCAGUCGCGAUGCCCAAGCGAAAACGGAAAAGAAAGAGUACUUUCAAGGUCGAUGCUCCCAAUGGUAGUAAGACUACCCCAAGGCCAACUAAAGAGGCAGACUUGGCUGACGCCUUCGAAAAAGAAUCCUAUUCUUACGCGGACUUGUUUCCUGGAGACGAAGACGACCAGGAUGAUGAAAACGUGGAUGCGGCAGACGACGACAGCGAGUAUGCUCCUUCGGAUGAGGAUGUUACUGAUCAUCUAUCGCCGUCCAGUGGUAGGCGUCGAGGUGUAUCUGCAGGCACUCGCAGGCAAACAAGAAGUAAACCAUCAAGUCAGGAACCCGAGGGGUCGACGGAUGAGGAUGAGGCUGGAGAGUCUGAGUCCGAACUCGAAGACGAUGACGACGACGAUCUUGCAUUAGAGCGUGCAGAAGUCGACUAUGCAUCUAAUGGCGCCUCGGUUGCACUCUUUGAAGAUGAAAGCCGGCCACUGAGAGAUGUGUACGACUUUGAUGCUCAGAGUAUCAUUUCCGAUCAACGUAAUCAUCUUAAACUGCACCCCACAGAAACCAGUGCACAGACAGCCGGGCAGACUGGUACCCGUCCCACUGCAAAUGCAAUAGCUCGUGUAGCAUCUCAUCGAACUGCUCGGCGGAAUGCUGUUGGAUCGGCCUCUAGCUGGGGCUCGAACAUAUACAGCGCCUUGGCUGCUUCUCUUCGAACACGUGCUGAUUUGGAUGCGUAUUCUGCCUUUCUGAAGUCUGAUGUUUUAAACUCCAGAUUGGAUUGUCUCAUCGCUGACUUAUGCAGACCAAGUAGCCAGCAUGCAAAUCUGUUUUUCGGCAUAUCUGCCAGUCUCCAAAGCCUGAUGAGUCGCAUAAACGAUUAUGACAAAGUGGUUGAGUUGCUGCAUGCUUUUGUAGCUCGUUCUUUUGGUCAGCUACAGCACCGCGUAGCCCUGUUGGUCCCUGUGAUUCACCAACCAUUGUUCGGUUUGAAUUACAUCCCUUCUGUGACAAACGCGUUGAAUGGGUUCGUCAGCGAACUGGAUCCCGAAAUGAUGGUCAAACCUUCCUAUCUUCUUAACCCGGACACUACACUUCUGGCAAUGACCAACGCAACUCUGAAUGAAUUUGGUGUUUCUGCUGCACAGUACAAUCCGAUUACAGGCUCUGGUAACAUGGGUCGUUUCAUGCCAGAUAUACAACAGCUCAUCGUACCUCCAGAUGUUUUCAACAAACUAAAUGAUCUGAUUGCACUUCCUCCGGACCGUGUGUACGAAAUAGCUUUGUCCAGAGCUCAUCAAUAUGCAGAAGAAUCGGACAUCGAUAUAAGUCCCAUUGAACCUCCUAAUCUUCAACGCUUGGUGUUAAUCGUGAAUUCAGAUAGCACCAUAAUCGCUAUUGCAUUGCUGGAUUAUUGGGAUCCUUCUCAUGUUCCGCAUGAUAGACCGAAGCCAUCAAUCGACCUGAUUACUCUAGAUGGAUGUGUUUCCGGGGAAAUUUCAGCUACCCUCACGGGAUCUGUUAUGUUGGAGGAUCAAGUGAUGGGUGUACUUAACGAAUUGGUUGAUACUGUCUCUGGAAACCCACCUUCAAGCGAGCUUCAUAGCAAAUUUUCGGCUAUUUCGGACAAAUCAUCUCUCGGUCAACUGCACUUCAUUGACGCCUUUUUACUUAAACCAAAUGGACGACGCGAUCAACUACUUUUGAUUGCUCAUGCUGCAAUGGCUCACCCUGCUCUGGAUGAAAGUAUUGUUGGAAAUGAUUUAUUCCGUGUUUACUCACUGAUUGACGAAGGUCGUUUCCUAUUCGAAAAGCACGGGUUCGCCCCUGAGGUUCCGAUCACCUUGGAUGGGGUUCAUGUUGCUGACCCAGACGAUCUUUUGGAGGACCAGUCUCUGUUGGUAGUUCCUGACCUUUUGUACGAUACACUCCGCAAGGUUUUGCUGCGUGAAUUAAUUAGCGCAACUGGUGCUACUACUAGUUUGCUGAAUACCAAAAAGACAGACGCUUUAAUGGGGUCGGUUCCGAUAAUGCAGUGCACAAAGUUCGUUGUACUCGAUCGCAUUCGUCGAGUUCCAUUGGCGAUUGUUUAUGAUUCUCCGGUUCGCCUAGCUCUUCAGUUGACGAGCUCUGAACCCAAUGUUCAUCCUUUGGGAGAAGUGGCGAGCAAGCAGUUUGAUCAUCUUACUUCCAUGGAACUAAAGGCUAUUGAGUCAGCUUUUCAACCGACCACGGCUGAUUAUCGAUUGGUUACGAUUGGUGGUUUGCUUUACGGUCUCCAAAUUGAUGAUCAACGUAUGGUUCGGCGCGUUCUAGAGAUAUCGCCCGCUCGCCAUGAGUCAAUUUUUCCACACGCCCAACGACCGUCUUUGUGUGCUCAAUCAGUAGUUGGAAGCGCAGAGUCUUUCACAGCCAGUGUCCGAAUCGUAAACGAUGAAACCAACAGCUCUACUGUGUUACCGGCCUACUUUUAUCCACGUUAUGAAAGUCAAAAACAGAGUGGCGUGGUUGCUGCGUUUUCUAGAUACCUGGUGGAUCAAAUUUUUGACCUUCCCAUACAGGUUAGCCUUUACGACAUAAUGUUUCGUCUAGGUCAGAAGCACAUGCCAGAGCUCCUGGCUCGCCAACACAUUGAAGCUGCUGAGGCUGCUGCGUACGCUGAGGCAGCAGCCAAUCCUCAUGCUCCUCCUCCCGCACCUGUCCCCCUCCCUGAACAUUGGGGCGUUUGUUGCCUUUGUUCCAAAGAGUUACGGUCUCCGAAUGGUUUGUUGGACCACGAAAUGCGACACAUUGGUCUGUCAAGGUUUCGUUGUAUGGCACAUAACACUAGUUUCUUGGAUCGUCGACAAUGGCAGGCGCAUAUGAACGAGAUGCACACUACCGCCCGUUCAGCUGCUCUGGCUGCUGCCCUCCCUCGCAUAAGCUCAAUAGUUGCCCCGGAGUCAGGUAGUGAUCAAGAGGAAGGUGAAGAAGAGGAUCCCAAUGACGCAGAGUCGGCUCCUGGCAGUGGUCUUCUCGCAGGGCUGGCACAAGUUUUUAGCAUUGGAGUUUUGGUCGGUCGAAUGGAAGCACCUCAGUGCGAAAAGUGUGGGGAUUAUUUCUUGAAUGCCGAUGUUCUUACUCAACACCUUGACUACUGUGAUGGCGUUAGUUUUUCUGUCCGAACACCUAUUCUUCGCACUCAGAAAGGGAGUGUAGCGGAUGAGAGCACUCUGCCUGUUGAUCCGUCCGUUGUGGAUGGUGACGACGAUGAUUUACUCGAUCUCAAGUCCACGGAUUCCUUCGCAUGCGGUAUGUGCGGCACGCAAGUAUCAUCGCAUGAAAAAAUUCUCUGUCAUUUUUCUUCUCAUCAUCUUCAGUGUAUUUUGUGCAACAUUGUCAUGAGGUCACUUGAAGAGCUCUCUAUCCACUAUCAGGGUCAUCUUAAAUCAGGCAACUCUGUAGCACCUGAAGGCGCCACGUUAGAAUCAGGCGUCAAAGAAGAGUCAGUAGGCGGAGAUCAGAACAAGACGGGGGCUUUGACUAAAACAGCAGCACACAAACUACUGACCUGUGAUAUCUGUUCCAAUUUUUACGGCACUAAAUACAACUACUAUUUUCAUCAGUGGGCCGAACAUGGUGUGGUUCAUCCGCCUGUGGGGUCCACUACCGGCACUCAGGAUGGUGUGAUACAAAUGCGUCCCCCAAGGCAACGCAACGAACGAGACGAUCUGUACUAUGCUUUGGCUGGUGUGCGCCGUAUAAAGUGCAAGUUCUGUGGCUGCGUCGUCCGCGUUGCUGGUAAAGAGUAUGUCGGCCACUUGCUUGCCAAACACGACAUUCUGGCAAACCCCGAUGUGAUCUGUCGUAUUUGUGCAGAGUUAUUCGAUAAACCGGAGCUACUCUCGGUCCAUUUGGGGGAGGUCCACGCUCCAUCGGGUGAGUUCGCUAAUGCUGGAGUUCAGACUAUUUUCCGUUGUACACAUUGUGAGUUCUGGGCUUUUUCAAAAGGUUUACUAAAGCAUGCACGAGAUGUUCACAAUGAAUUUGCCCCCGCAAUGUACGAAUGCACGCACUGCUACGAAAGAUUCUCUGACAAGCGCUGUUGGCGCACCCAUUUGGAUAAGCAUAACGAAGGAUACUCCCAGCGUUGUCUCGAAUGUGGACGGGCGUUCAGAUUACGUGCUUCCCUGUUACACCACAUCCGCACGCAUCAUGGAGAGGAUCAGGGCCCAGCCACUUGUGAAUACUGUGGAUUGACUUAUCCAAAGCGUGGUUCACUGCGUUACCACAUCUUCCGGAUGCACAAUCAGGAGCUUGCCCAUGAAUGCACGAUGUGUCAGAGGCGGUUUCGGCUUGAAACUGAAUUACGCCGCCACGUAAAAGAAAUGCAUAGUGGCGCGGUUCGCUGUGAAAUUUGCCACAAAGUAUGCUCCAAUCUGCGUUGCUACGCUCAGCACCGCCAAAAGCACUUCCGAACACGGAUCUACCAGUGCACCGAUUGUCAAGCAACAUUCAAGAGCAAGUUGGCGAUGAAGCGACACAUUCGAGUGGAACAUUUGCAGCUUGGCCCUGAGCGGUUUGAAUGUCAAAUAUGCGGUAAAAUUGUCACCCAAAUUGGGAUGCACAUGUUAAUACACAAAGAGGCCCGCUUCGAAUGUGAGUAUUGCAACAAACGCUUCACAAAGGCAGCGUACUAUAAUGAACAUUUACGGAUUCAUCUGGGUGAACAACCCUUCGAAUGCCAUAUUUGUCAGAAAAGAUUCAACAAGAAAUCAAAUCUCAAUGUACACAUCAAGUUUCACGAGAAACAUCGAGAUGAGGAGGGUAAUUAUUUAGAGCUGAAACCACGCGGACGUGUCAGUCAAAUGUUUGGCGAUGCUCUCAUGAGCCCUAGUGAUCGAGCAGCCCGACAGGCCGCAAUGGCCCGCAACAAUGCGCCCACUAAAGCAGAUGCGGCGGUGGGCAACGAUUUGCCGGGUGCGUUCAACGUAUCCGCUGGUCCACCCGGGGCUGCGGCCGAGGCGGCAGCGCAAGCCAUUGAGCAGUACGGGAUGGAUUCCAACGCCGUACCGGACGGGCUGAUUUCACUAUCCGAACAUUUCACCUGAUCCGUUCUUAUUGCUAUUCUGUCCGCAUUUCUCUUGUUUUAGGACUCGACUCAUCAUUAUGAUUAAGUGUUCUGUCUUCGCCCCGCUUGGCAAUCUUCUUCUCAUGUGCCGUAUUCUUAUUCUUCUCCUUGUCUGCCCCCCAACUUCUCCGUGUACAAUUUGCGCCCCACUUGCUUCCGAUCGUGUAUUUAACUCGUUGCGAGAUCGGAUGACUUUGGUUUAUUGACUUGCGGCUCAGCACAUGCUUUGUUUUUUAUUGUCCCUGUAUGCAUCGACCUGUACUCAGCGGGAUACCACCCUGCUAAUCUGUAAUUAGUCACUUACUUGUCUCAAUUGGACUUCUCUCUGCCCUUUUCGGAUAGAAUGCGGGUAUUAUGGCCACCCCCUUGAUUUGAACUUUUGCACUGUGUUUGGAAUUAUUAUGUGCAAUUUUCGUUGCAAUGCGUACCACCAUGUGAGAUCGAAUGCCGGCAUAAGAGACAUUUAGU